GCCCUGCGUUCGAAACACUCGGAGCUGGUGACGCUGCUCCGCUGCUCCGGCGCCGAUGCGAUGCCGCUGCGCAGGGAUGGGGAAAGCACCAGCUGCGUGGAGCUCUGUGGAGAUGAUGAGACUUUGAUCCAAGCCCUACAGGCGGAGUGGAGCCCGGAGAAGCACCAGCUCUUCCCGGCCGAGGUCCGGGAGAGUGUAAAAACCGCGCUGCUGAUUGCCCAAAGGCAGAAAUGGCCGGUCCCCGAAACGGUCCUCUUCAAAGUCUGCGCCAUGUUCGCGGCUCCGGAAGGGUCCGGAUGACCAGCUCAAGGUAUGCCCAAGAAGCUGCAUGUACAGUUUGCAGCUGGGGCCAGGUGGCUGAAGCUAAAAAGUUAGAGCUCUUUGGAGUCACGGAUUGCAGUGGGACCAGAAA